AAAAAUAAACCCACUCCUCUUGCCUUUCUUUUCAUCUAACUCGUUCUGCUCAGCCACCUCAACUCACCAUAUCUCUCUCUCCUCAAAACUCACAAUCUCGCUCUUCCCAUAUUUACUUUUAUCAAAUUAUUACACAACUUCGUUCUUUCUAAAUUACGCGCCAAAAGGUACUCAAGUUUUCCAUUCCAAACUUCAUAUUUUUAUUUCCGCCAUUCUCCACUUCAAUCUAGGGUUUUCUCCCUUCCUCUUCUCCUCUCUCUCCCCACUUUCUUACAGCUUUGCCGACUCAUCACUCUCUUCACCGCUACGUCAUGGAUUCGGCGGUUGAUACAGAGGGUGGCAAACAAUUUGGGGAGACAUUACCAGUGUCGAUGGGUGAGAAGAGGCCGCUGGAGAAUGGGGAAGGUGGAGGAUUGGAAAGGGAGGAAGCUCAGCUCAACAAGAGGCCUAGAAUUGGAGGACUAAAGAGAGUGGCAGAGAUUGUGUUGGUGUUGUCGACGAUGGCGAGCAUUCGGGGUGGGAAGAAGCCUACGGAAGUGGAGGUUGGGCUAAUGUCAGAGGCCAGGACUAAGUUGGUGGAAUUAUGUGAAGGGUUAGCGCCGAAGGACAUUGUUGCUAGGGAUGCAAUUGAGGCAGUGGUUGAGGAUUUGGGGCUUAAUGCUAAGGCUAAGGACCAGAAAUUAGGAUUUAGGGGACCAAGGUUGACCAUAGCAGAGAGGUUCUCGCAAACUAAGCGGAAGAUGGAAGAAUCUAGGAAAUAUGCUGGACAAUCUUCUCCAUAUACCUCUCAUUCCCUGCAAACAAGCUUUAACACGGGAGCCGAAAGCCGUGGGAGCCCACAUACUCUAAGAAUGAUCCCUUCAGAUAAACAAACUUAUCUGCCAGUUUCCUCUGUGGCCGCUCCUGCUUCUUUGCCUAUUGGUCAUGUCUCCACAGCAACUUCAGCAUCUAUGUCAUACCAGUUGCCAACCAGUGAUGUUAGAGCACCAACAGUUUCUAGUGGCUUUAUUAGCAAUAAUUUAGGAAGGGAUUCACCUUCUUUAGCAUUGCCUAGAAUUGAAAGGCCCCAGUUCAAAUUAGAUGGACCAAAUGUGCCCUCUUUGGCAUCACAAGGACAAGUAAAUGCUUCUUCAAAUCAUCACCUAGUGAAUGCUCCAACACGGUCUGUACAGACACAAGCUACUAAAAGUGGACCUGAACAAAGCAAGCUGCCAAUUCCAACCCUUGUCAAGGUUGAAGGAACUGGUCAAAUGAAUGUCCAACGAUUGACUACUUCAGCUCUUAGAGAUCAAAACUUUAGGCCAUUAAUUUCUCAACCAGCCUCUGCAAAUUUGCCUACUAUGCCUCAGCCAUUGCAGGCCUCAAAUUUUGUUCAAGCUGCUUCUCUUUCCAACAGUCACAAUGAAAUUGCAAAGACAGUGCAGAAGUUAUUACAACCCAAGCUUCCUGAUCAUCCCACAUGGAUUCCUCCAUCAAGGGACUAUAUGACCAAGGCUUUGCAAUGCCAAAUCUGUAUGGUGACUAUACAUGAAGUGGAUAACGUGCUUAUCUGUGAUGCUUGUGAGAAAGGAUAUCACACUAAGUGUGCACAGUCAUUUAAUUUAAGGGUGAUUCCUAUUCCACGAGGUGAGUGGCACUGUUCAAGGUGCUUGGCAUUAAGCAAUGGAAAACCACUGCCCCCGAAAUAUGGUCGAGUAAUGAGAAGUAAUACACCAGCAAAAAUUUCUUCGAGCACAGCUGGAGCUCAGUCAUCUUCAGAGAAGAAAGUAGAAAAUGCAAAUGUGAAGGUCAGUCAGCAAAUAGUAACUGCAAAUGGAAGCUCUGAUUUACAGACUCCUACUCAUACUGAUGUUAUGGCUCUGGGAAACAAUAAUGUUGAUUCUGCAGCAGACCCAAAUCCCAAAGAAACACAAACGUAUAAUUUGUCAUCAAUCAGUAUGGACACGAAACCUGUUUUAGGAAGUUGUGCAACUGUCUCAAUGAAAUCUGUAGAAGAUACUUGUGGUUCUUCAGCUGUUGCUUCAAGUGAAAGCUCUUCACAACUUUUAAAAGACUCAGAACCACCAAACCAUCAGGAGAACUCUCUGGAAGUCAAAACGCAGCCUCUUAAUCAUGCAUCUGACACUUUUGGUGAUAAUAUGGUUGAUCCUUCACAAUCCUCACUUGACUCUUGUGUUGUUGAGCAAGCAGAUCAGACAAAUUCUGCUGAAGUUGCAUUGAAGAAAUCUCAAGAAAAUAAUGAAAUGCUGAAAGAAACAGAUAAAUCUCAUUUAAUUGAAAGUACUUUAACUUAUGACAAGCGAGUUGAACAUGAUGGUGCCCAGGAAAAUACUGUUGGAUGGUCUGCAACUAGCAGUGAGGUUACAGAGCACUCUGGGAAUUCAUUUGAUGACCUAAGGUCUGUUGAAUGGGUUGGUAAUGUAAUUCAGAAUGUCGAUGAGAAAUUAUUUUACCAGACUUGUUGUGUCGAUGGAGUAACGUACAAACUGCAGGAUCAUGCUCUUUUUCGGUCUAGUCAUGGCAAAUUGAUACCUUCAAAGCUUAAGUCGAUGUGGGAGGAUAGCAAAACUGGAUCGAAGUGGGUCAUUGUCAAUAGAUGCUAUUUUCCUGGUGAUUUGCCAGAGAAUGUUGGUCGCCCUUGUACUACUGACAGCAACGAGGUGUAUGACUCUAAUCAUGAUAGCACCAUAAUGGCUGGAUUGAUCAAUGGCCCUUGUGAAGUUCUUCCUCUGACAAAAUUUAAAGAUGAAAAUGAACGACGGAGUCAGUUAAAUGCUGACUCUAACAGUAGACUUCAUCCAAUUUUUAUAUGCAAAUGGUUUUACGACGAGUUUAAAGGGUCAUUCCAGCCUGUUUCUGGUUGAUCCAGGCAUCUCAACAGUUGGCUGACUUCAUAUUCUUUUGUCAUUGGUGUAAGAAGUUGCUUUCAUCUGGUAAUGUCGCUAUAUCUUGGUUGAUUAAGGGUUCGUUUUCUUGUUCUUUGAAGUGCCUUACCAGAGUUGUGUUCUCAAAACCCAACCCAUGGCGACUGCACCAGUAGGGGUAGGCCUCAAGUACUAAUAAGGAAUUAACAUUUUCAUUCUUGUAAGAUAUGUAAUUUGUAGUUUGCAACCAUCACCCCAUUAGAGCAGUUGAACCUGUAAUUUGUAAGCCCCUUUUUGGGUGCCUUGAAUUAUGAUCACUGAUUACAGUAGUACAUAUCAUCACAUAAUUUAUAGAAUCAAUGCCUUUUGGUUA